AUGCCGGCGACGCAGCUACAAGUGCUGCGCCUGCAGCUCGUUGCAGCGACGCUCGCGCUCUCGUCCGCCCCGUACGGGGCCACCACAGCUGCAGCUCCGGUCGAACGCACGCGUCCCGUGCUGCUCGUCCCGGGCUUUGCGUCGUCCCAGCUGCAGUCGUGGAGCCAGUACCGAUGCAACAGCGGCUUCAGCUCGAGUUUGUACCGCGAUGUCAGCUUUGGCGAUCGCUUGUGGGUCGACGUCGCGCGCGUGUUGGCCCAGACCGAGUGCUGGAUCCGCUGCCUGAAACUCGACCUCCCGACGCAGGACGAAGUCGAGUGCAAACUCCGAGCUGUGCAAGGUCUGGAAGCCGUGUCCGAGCUCGAUCCCGGCAUUGUCACGGGGCCGCUGUCUACGGUGUGGCGCAGCAUGAUCCACGACUUGGUCGACCACUUUGGGCUGGACCCGGAUCAAUUGAUUGUUGCCACGUACGACUGGCGCCUGCCCCCGAGCAAGUUGCAAGACCGUGACAAGUACUUUUACGCACUCAAGAAGAAGAUCGAGUAUACGGUCGAGCUCGACGGCAACAAUGGCGGACUUGUUGUGAUUGCUCAUUCGAUGGGCAAUGGCGUGUUCCGCUACUUCCUCGAGUGGCUGAAUGACGAAGUGGGUCGCAACAACCGGCAGAGCUGGAUCGACCGCCACAUCUCGGCCUACUUUGCUGUCGGCUCGCCGCUCCUUGGAAGUGCCGAGUCGCUCGAGCUGAUAUCGUCGGGACUUACAGAAGGACUGCCAAUCACGCAAAGCGAGAUACGCAAACUCGUGGUAUCAUUCGGCUCGAUCUUGAGCUUCAUGCCGAUAUCGUCUGGCUUGGACUCGGCCAAGGACAACGAAGUGCUCAUUGCCGUGCGCUCUCAACUUCCUGGUAACAACCAGACGCAGUGCCGCAACUAUACGAGUGCCGAUAUCGCUUCAGGUCAGCUUUUCCGCGAUAUGUCGGCACACGAUCCGAUCUUCGGCAAACUUGAGACGAUGCGGCAAAGGUUUUACGCAGACGAUCCUGUUCUCGAUUACUUCAGACCCUGGGAACGUCCGCCCAUCGCGUCGGUGUACAGUGUCUACGGUGUAAACGUUCCAACCAAAAACUUCUACGAGUACGAAAAUGCAAACACACCAGGCCAUUGGUACCAAGUGCAGUACGUGAACGAAGAAGGCGAUGAUCGAACCUGUACCAAAACAGGCGACGGCACUGUGACGUAUCAUUCGCUCUCCUGGGCGCACACGUGGCUCGGCUCGAAAGGGUCAUCCGUGCGAGUCACGCAGACUCCACAGUCAGUGUAUUUCUCAGCUGCUAAUAUCACGCGUGCGCGAGCUGUACGGCACGCGAAUACCCAUCACGCGGAGUAUUCGCUGCUGAACGGUAACUCGCCAAUUUGUGAGGACAACACUGCGUCGUCUUCCUCGUUUAGUGGCGGCGGCGCAACAAGUUUUUUUGCAGGGCUCUUUGGACCGCUCAACCGCGACCGAGUCACUUUUUUCGAGAGUUCUGGACAAGUGGGCGGAGCUGCUACAUCCACCGGUGUGUGGGAAAUCGACGGCGUCAAGCACCGCGACAUUCUUUCCAGUCCAGUGUUUCUCCGCGAGUUACGCGCCGAGCUGCGCCACAUCUUCAAUGGCAAAACAAACUCGGACAAGUCGUCUCGCCCGCCAGUGGUCGAUGGCGACUGCUACUGGAAUUAUCGCUACGCUCGCUGUGAGUUCCCGGUGUUCUGCGAGUACCGAUAUGUUUUUGGCGACGUGACCUUCGACCAGUCCUGCCGCCCGUCUUCAUCAUCAAGCAUUACACUGCCCCUGCUGUCGAAGUUCAGUUGCCUCGGUUCUCUUCAACACGAGCCGUUGCCGACACAAACAUGCGACAAAGCCUCAUCAACAUGA